AUGUGGAGCGAGGCGCGCAAGCAGGAGAAAAAGUUGCGCGGCAUGAUGAUCGACUACAAGAAAAGAGCCGAGAGACGUCGAGAGUAUUACGAUAAGAUCAAGACGGAUCCUGCCCAGUUCAUGCAACUCCAUGGCAGGGCUUUGAAAAUCCACAUCGACCCGGUCAUAGCUCAGCAGGCGGAGGCGGCUUCAACCAUGAUGCCUUGGCAGGGCAAUCCUGACACCAUCAUCGAUCGUUUCGACGUGCGGGCACAUCUCGAUGUCAUCCCGGAGUACAAGGAUACGCCUCAAGAGGUGGACGAGUUGGAGUCGAAGAUCAACUAUGAACGCUACAGGAUUCUUGUGCAGAACGACUAUUCCGAUGUCAAAGAGAACAAAUUUUUGCAUCAGAUCUACCUCGAAGAAAGGUUCGGAGGUUCGGUGCAGAAAAAGCAGGAUAUCGAAGCCGAGAAGAGGAAAUUGUCCGAGAAGAAGGCGGCCAUCGGAUACCAUUAUGAAGACAGCGAGAACGCGCCGUCGAUCCCUGAUGAACAGAAGGGCGGAGACGAGGACAAUGAGGAAGAGGCAUCCGAAGAGGAGAUCGAUCUCGACAUCGCGUUCGACGUCGAUCAAAUUCCUCCAGAACAGGCUCGGGAAAUGAAUGCUCUGUCGACCACUUAUGGGCUGGCGGGCACUGAGUUCAUUGACCAGCUGGUCCAGGACAAAGCGGACCUCGAGGCGCUCCGAGAGGCUCGUGCCGUCGAGGAGGAACGUGCAGCAGGUCGCAGGAAUCGCAGGGAUAGACGCAGGGCUCGAGAGCAGGCUCGAGCGAGAGACCUCAACACGAUCCGAACUGGAGACAUCGGAAUCUCGAUGGGACUUCCCGCCUACGCAGCCGUUCCCGUCGAAAACGAUGACGAAGAGCAAGCCAAAAUACUCCUUCGGGAAAAGUCCAGUUCGCGAUCGCCGUCUCCCGAUCACAAAGACAGGGUUUGCUUCAUAACAUCGUUCGGAGGCGACUCUGGUGACGAAGUGAAAUUGUCUCCAGUCCGACGAAAUAAAUCGAGGAGCCGCAGUCCUCGGAAAUCUCGCCGGAGACGCUCGUCGACGUCUUCGAGUGACGAUUCGGUAUCCUCGAGGGAAAGACGAAGACGGAAAGCAAGGCGAGGGAACCAGAGAAAAUCUUCAUCCAGCAGCAGCAGCUCACGGAGUCGGAAAAGGUCGACAUCGCCAAAACCAGGACCGAAGUUACCGACUCCGCCGCGGAGAUCCUACUAUCGACAUGACUUGAAAUCGGACGCCUCUUCAGAUGGAUUUUCGCAGGACGAGUCCGUCAGCCAGUCCUCUGACAGGAAGGAUUCAAUGAAUCAUCAUCGUACCGCUAAAAGGUCCGCUGACACGAACAGCAGACCGCUGGGUAAACUCACUCCCCAGGAAAGACUACGGCGAAAGAUGCAAGCGAUGCUACGAAAAACUCAUCAGACCGAUCAGCUAGCUCGGUUGGAAAAAGAAGAAAAGGCUCGAGAAGAAAGACAGCACCGAGAGGAACUUCUGAAAGAACACCUCGCGAAAUAUCGCCCUGAAGAUCGUUACGACUCCGGAAGCGAAAGUGAAACUCAGAGACGGCGGAGCUCGAGCCGAGAGAGAAGUCGAAGUCGAGAAAGGAGCCGCAGUCGGAGCCGUGAGAGAAGACGGAACCGGCGAUCCAGAAGUCACGGGCGCUUUGAGAAGAACAGGAGUCGGAGUCGAGAACGCAGGAAGUCCAGAAAAUCCCGCUCCAGGUCCAGAUCACGGAGUAGGAAAAAUUCGCGAGAGCGGCGCGACAGCUCGAAGGCUCCCCGAAGCCGUAGCGUGAGCUACCUACCGCUGGGAACUUAUCGAAAAUAUUCCGCGAGGAAUUGA